AUGUUCAGCUUUAUGGAUUCCAGGACUGUACUGCUACUUGUAGCAACCCAAGUAUUUCUAUUAGCCGUUGUGAGAUGUCAGGAGGAGGACGGCCAGGAGGAUGUUUUUACCUGUGUACAAGAUGGACAGAGCUAUAGCGACAAGGAUGUAUGGAAACCAGAGCCUUGUCGCAUCUGUGUGUGUGACACUGGAGCCAUCCUGUGUGAUGACAUUGUCUGCGAGGAACUAAAAGACUGCCCCAAACCUGAAAUCCCAUUCGGAGAGUGUUGCCCCAUCUGCGCAGCUGACCAGCCUCCACCCUUUGGAGUACCUGGAGCUAAGGGUCAGAAAGGUGAACCCGGAGACAUUACCGAUGUUGUAGGACCAAGAGGACCAAGUGGCCCAAUGGGCCCACCAGGAGAGCAAGGACCCCGGGGAGCGAGAGGCGAUAAAGGAGAGAAGGGAAGCCCUGGUCCCCGGGGCAGAGAUGGUGAACCUGGCACCCCUGGAAACCCUGGCCCCCCUGGACCUCCAGGACCUAACGGACCCCCUGGCCUUGGUGGAAACUUUGCUGCUCAGAUGGCUGGUGGCUUCGACGAGAAGGCUGGCGGCGCGCAGAUGGGUGUGAUGCAAGGACCAAUGGGCCCUAUGGGUCCCAGAGGACCACCUGGCCCCACCGGAUCACCUGGCCCACAAGGAUUCCAAGGCAACCCAGGAGAGGCUGGAGAACCUGGACAAGCUGGCCCAAUGGGUCCCCGUGGCCCCCCUGGACCUUCUGGAAAACCUGGAGAUGAUGGUGAGCCUGGAAAACCAGGCAAAUCUGGCGAGCGUGGACCUGCUGGACCUCAGGGAGCUCGUGGAUUCCCAGGAACUCCUGGCCUGCCUGGCAUCAAGGGACACAGAGGUUAUCCAGGUCUUGAUGGUGCAAAGGGAGAGACUGGAGCUGUUGGGUCAAAGGGUGAGAGUGGUGCUCCCGGAGAGAAUGGCGCUCCUGGACCAAUGGGACCUCGCGGUCUGCCUGGUGAGAGAGGCCGUCCUGGACCCAGUGGAGUUGCUGGAGCACGUGGAAAUGAUGGCUUGCCCGGUCCCGCUGGUCCCCCUGGCCCCGUCGGUCCUUCUGGAGCUCCAGGCUUCCCUGGCUCUCCUGGUUCAAAGGGAGAAGCUGGUCCUACUGGUGCUCGUGGACCUGAGGGUGCUCAGGGACCCCGUGGAGAGUCUGGCACUCCCGGAUCACCUGGACCUGCUGGCGCUUCUGGAAACCCUGGUACUGAUGGUAUUCCCGGAUCCAAAGGAUCAGCUGGUGCUCCUGGUAUCGCUGGUGCUCCUGGUUUCCCUGGACCUCGUGGGCCUCCCGGACCUCAGGGAGCAACUGGACCUCUCGGGCCCAAAGGAACAUCUGGAGACCCCGGUAUUCCAGGGUUCAAAGGAGAGGCUGGACCCAAAGGAGAAAUUGGACCAGUUGGUCUUCAAGGAGCUCCUGGCCCACAAGGAGAAGAGGGCAAGAGAGGACCCAGGGGUGAGCCUGGUGCUGCUGGACCACUUGGACCUCCUGGCGAAAGAGGAGCCCCCGGUAACCGUGGUUUCCCUGGUCAAGACGGUCUGGCUGGUCCUAAAGGAGCCCCUGGUGAGCGUGGACCAUCUGGUGCCAGUGGUCCCAAGGGUGCCAAUGGUGACCCUGGCCGUCCCGGAGAGUCUGGUCUGCCUGGUGCCAGAGGUCUGACUGGACGCGCUGGUGAUGCGGGUCCUCAAGGCAAAGUUGGACCUUCUGGAGCUCCUGGUGAGGACGGUCGCCCAGGACCCCCCGGCCCACAGGGAGCUCGUGGACAGCCUGGUGUCAUGGGAUUCCCCGGACCCAAGGGAGCAACUGGUGAGCCUGGCAAGUCUGGUGAGAAAGGACUGGGUGGAGCUCCUGGUCUGAGAGGUCUGCCCGGCAAAGAUGGAGAAACCGGCGCUGCUGGACCCCCCGGCCCCGCCGGCCCUGCUGGAGAGAGAGGAGAGCAAGGACAGCCUGGUCCCUCAGGUUUCCAGGGUCUACCUGGACCUCCUGGCCCCCCUGGUGAGGGAGGCAAGCCUGGAGACCAGGGAGUUCCUGGAGAGGCUGGAGCUGCCGGUGCUACUGGACCCAGAGGAGAGCGCGGUUUCCCCGGAGAGAGAGGAGCUGCCGGCUCUCAAGGUCUGCAGGGACCCCGAGGUCUGCCUGGAACUCCUGGAACUGACGGACCCAAGGGAGCCAUUGGACCUGCUGGUGGCCCCGGAGCUCAGGGACCCCCCGGCCUGCAGGGUAUGCCUGGAGAGAGAGGAGCUGCUGGCAUUCCUGGACCCAAAGGAGACAGAGGUGACAUUGGGGAGAAAGGACCUGAGGGUGCUUCUGGCAAAGACGGAGCUAGAGGUCUAACAGGUCCCAUUGGUCCUCCUGGUCCUAGUGGUCCCAACGGCGAGAAGGGUGAAUCAGGUCCUGCUGGUCCUUCUGGAGCUCCUGGUACCCGCGGUGCGCCUGGUGACAGGGGUGAGACUGGACCUCCUGGGCCUGCUGGAUUUGCUGGACCCCCUGGUGCUGACGGUCAGCCUGGUACCAAGGGAGAGCAGGGAGAACCUGGACAGAAGGGUGAUGCUGGUGCCCCUGGACCCCAAGGACCCUCUGGAGCUCCUGGACCUGCAGGUCCUACAGGUGUUUCUGGACCUAAAGGUGCUCGUGGUGCUCAGGGACCUCCUGGUGCCACUGGUUUCCCUGGAGCUGCUGGCCGAGUUGGACCCCCUGGUCCCAAUGGUAAUCCUGGACCUGCUGGUCCUGCUGGCCCUGCUGGUAAAGAUGGACCAAAGGGUGUGAGGGGAGAUGGUGGUCCCCCAGGCAGACAGGGUGAUGCUGGACUCCGUGGUCCAGCUGGAGCUCCUGGAGAGAAGGGAGAUCCUGGAGAGGAUGGCCCCCCUGGUCCCCUCGGUCCUUCAGGUCCUCAGGGUUUGGCUGGUCAGCGCGGUAUUGUUGGUCUACCUGGACAGCGUGGUGAGAGAGGUUUCCCUGGUCUGCCUGGACCUUCUGGUGAGCCCGGAAAGCAGGGAGCUCCUGGUGGCAGCGGAGACCGCGGACCCCCUGGACCUGUUGGACCACCUGGACUUACUGGACCUGCAGGAGAGCCUGGCAGAGAGGGCAACCCUGGAUCUGAUGGACCUCCUGGUAGAGAUGGUGCUACUGGAAUAAAGGGUGAUAUUGGUAACACUGGUCCUGCUGGUGCUCCUGGUGCUCCUGGUUCUCCAGGUGCUCCCGGCCCCGUUGGCCCCACUGGCAAACAGGGAGACCGAGGAGAGUCUGGUGCACAGGGACCUGCUGGACCUCCAGGACCUGCUGGAGCCAGAGGAAUGCCUGGACCUCAAGGACCCCGCGGUGACAAGGGUGAGGCUGGAGAGUCCGGUGAGAGAGGACAGAAGGGACACAGAGGCUUCACUGGUCUGCAGGGUCUGCCUGGACCUCCGGGUCAAGCUGGAGACCAGGGUGCUACUGGACCUGCUGGACCUUCUGGACAAAGAGGACCACCUGGACCUGUUGGCCCUGCUGGAAAGGAUGGUGGAAAUGGUCUGCCAGGACCCAUUGGACCCCCCGGACCUCGUGGUCGCAGUGGAGAGACCGGCCCCUCUGGUCCCCCCGGAAACCCUGGACCCCCCGGUCCUCCUGGUCCCCCUGGCCCUGGCAUUGACAUGUCCGCCUUCGCUGGUCUGGGUACGAUUGAAAAGUCCCCCGAUCCUCUCAGGUACAUGAGAGCUGACCAGGCUUCCGGAAACCUCCGUCAGCAUGAUGCUGAGGUCGACGCAACGCUCAAAUCUCUCAACAACCAGAUUGAGAACAUCCGCAGCCCCGAGGGAUCCAGGAAGAACCCAGCUCGCACCUGCAGAGACCUGAAGCUGUGCCAUCCUGACUGGAAGAGCGGAGAGUACUGGAUUGAUCCUAAUCAGGGCUGCACCGUCGAUGCAAUCAAGGUCUUCUGCAACAUGGAGACAGGAGAGUCCUGCGUCCUCCCCAAACCUUCCACCAUCCCUCGCAAGAACUGGUGGUCCAGCAAGAGCAAGGAACGCAAACAUAUCUGGUUCGGAGAGACAAUGAAUGGAGGAUUCCAUUUCAGCUAUGGUGAUGACACCCUUGCACCCAACACUGCUGCCAUUCAGAUGACUUUCCUGAGGCUGCUGUCUACCGAGGCUUCUCAAAACCUCACCUACCACUGUAAGAACAGUGUGGCCUACAUGGACGCCUCAAUGGGCAACCUAAAGAAGGCCGUGCUGCUGCAGGGCUCCAAUGAUGUGGAGAUUAGAGCCGAGGGCAACAGCCGCUUCACUUACAGUGUGAUGGAGGACGGCUGCACGAAACACACGGGACAGUGGGGCAAGACAGUGAUCGAAUACAGAUCACAGAAGACCUCUCGUCUGCCCAUCGUGGACAUUGCCCCCAUGGAUAUUGGUGGAGCAGACCAGGAGUUUGGAGUUGAAGUUGGGGCAGUCUGCUUCUUGUAAAGACAGAGGGAUCGAAAAAGAAGAGAAAAAAGAAGUGGAAAUUUGGAGAAAAAAAGAAAAUGAAAGAGUACACUUCAGAUAAAGGAGGAGAAAAAGAGUGAAAAAGAAAAAUCAAGACACUUUUUUUAAAUGGGACUUUUUUUCUAAGUAAAAAGUGCUUUUUCCAAGUCGAACUCUGUAGGAUAUCUGCACUGAAUGGCACAAGCAACUGUCAUCUGUGAUUCAUCCAGCAUUGCCUCCAGU